AAAUGCAAGCGGCAGAGAUGGCGAGGCUCGCUGUAUUAGUCUGUCUUUCCUUAGCGCUAGAGGCACAAGUGAUAAACGGUUUACUUACGAAUGAAAUAAAAGGGGUGAACAAGACAGAACAAAUGCAAACGACAGUAAAUGCAUCCUUUACAAAUGCACUAAAUUAUUUGAAUGAAAUUACUGAAUUCAAAACAACCGCUGCGCCUGUAUCAAGCAGCAAGUCUACGGCAGAGGCGCACAUUCUGCAGGAACGGGAUAAGAAGCCAGAAGACAAAGUGCAUCAAAGUGAAGGAGCUGGGACGGUCCAGCGUGAAGUCGUCUGCCCUCCCCUCGGCCUGAAGUCAUUGAGGGUGAAAGACUUCCAGCUCUCUGCCUCCUCUUCCGAACGCAGCGGCCUCGGGCCCCAACGUGGACGCCUCAACAUCCAGGCUGGUUUAGAUGAUGGUGAUGAGUAUGAUGGGGCCUGGUGUGCGGCAGUGAAGGACAAGAAUCAGUGGCUGCAAGUGGACGCCCUUAGGCCCACAUUAUUCACUGGAGUCGUCCUACAAGGGAGAAACUCCAUCUGGAGCUGGAACUUUGUGGAAUCAUAUAAGGUUCAGAUCAGUAAUGAUACGGAGACCUGGGCCACCUGCAUGAAUGGCACCGUAGAGGCGGUGUUUAAAGGGAAUAAUGACCUUGAGACUCCAGUACUGGGCAUGUUGCCCGUCCCCAUGGUGGGUCAGUUCCUGCGGAUCAACCCCCAGAGCUGGUACAUCAAUGGCAGUGUGUGUCUGCGGGCGGAGGUGCUGGGUUGUCCUCUUCCAGAUCCAGACCUGCCAGAUCCUGAGCCUGUGUCUACAGAUCACCUGGAUUUUAGGCAUCACAACUAUAAAGAGAUGAGGAAGCUAAUGAAGGAAGUUCAUGAUCAGUGUCCAGACAUCACCCGUAUCUACACCAUUGGAAAGAGCUACACUGGCUUAAAGCUCUACGUCAUGGAGAUCUCGGACAACCCUGGCAAACAUGAACUAGGUGAGCCCGAGUUCCGCUACGUUGCUAAUAUGCAUGGUAACGAGGUGGUGGGGCGCGAGCUGGUCCUGAACCUCAUGCAGUAUAUCUGCCGUGAGUACAAGAAGAACAACGAGAGAAUCGUUCGCCUGGUCAAAAUGACACGCAUCCAUCUGCUGCCUUCAAUGAACCCCGAUGGCUACGAGCAGGCCUAUAAGAAGGGUUCCGAGCUGGCUGGUUGGGCUGAGGGUCGCUAUAGCUACGAAGGCAUCGACAUGAACCACAACUUUGCUGACCUCAACAAUAUCAUGUGGGAUGAGAAGGAGAUGGCCGUGGACAAGAAUAAAGUCAGCAACCAUUACAUCCCUUUGCCAGAGUACUACACACAAGAGAACGCCACAGUUGCCCCGGAGACGCGUGCGGUGAUCAGCUGGAUGCAAGCCAUCCCCUUCGUCCUGAGUGCCAACCUCCAUGGCGGCGAGCUGGUUGUGACCUACCCAUACGACUGCACUCGCAACUGGAUCCCCCGGGCCGACACACCCACCGCAGACAACGAGUUCUUCCGCUGGCUCGCCAUGGUGUACGCCUCCUCCAACCGGGCCAUGGCCAAUCCUGACAGACGCAUCUGUCACUACGAGGACUUUCAGACGGAGCACAACAACAUUAUUAACGGAGCCGACUGGCACACGUUACCAGGAAGUAUGAAUGACUUUAGCUACCUCCACACCAACUGUUUUGAGGUGACGGUGGAGUUGUCUUGUGAUAAAUAUCCUCAUGCUAGUGAGCUACCAAUGGAAUGGGACAACAAUAAAGAAGCCCUGCUACAAUAUAUGGAACAGGUGCACAGGGGAAUUAAAGGUUUAGUGAGAGACCGCGAGACGAAGGUCGGGAUCUCAGACGCCAUCAUUAAAGUGAGGGAUCUGGACCAUGAUGUGCGAUCCGCGGCCGGCGGUGACUUCUGGCGUCUGCUGAACCCCGGUGAGUAUGUGGUGACGGCCUGGGCCCUUGGCUACCUCCCUGCUACCAGGAAGUGCCACGUGGGCUCCGAGCCUCGGCCCACGCUGUGCGGCUUCGUCCUGGCCAAGACGCCACAGCAGCGGGCACUGGAGGCCCGCACCAAGGGCAGGAAGUCGGUGAAGGACCUUCAGCUGCGUCUGCGUGACGAACAGGUGCGAAAACUGCGCAUCUCCACCAAACGCCUCAAUCAGCGCAGGAUGAAGCAGCAGAGGAGAGGGCAAAGGAGGCGAUGAGAGCCGAUCACAAGGAAACAGGGAAAAGAAUGGUGGAAAUGACUGCAGAGUACUGUAUUCUCUGGGUAACUAAAAUGUACACGUGUAUAUAGCUAUAACUGCUCUUAGUUCUUCUGCAACUCAAACAAUCUUUAAAGCACAGAGCUGGCCUCUUUUUAAAAGUAGGGUGAUUUAUAUUUUGAAACAUUCUCCUCAACUGUGAAAAUGUCAUUAAAAUAUAU